AUGGCUGCCGCCCUCAGGAACCUCCGCACCGCGCUCCCCGCCCUCCGACGAUCCGUCGCCCCCGCCCCUGCCUUCGCUGCCCGAGCCUUCUCCGUUUCUGCGGCCAGGUCUGCCGGCCACGGCCCUCCCCAAUUGCUCGGUCCUGGUGCCAAGGCUGGUGAAGUCCCCUCCGACGAGAGCCAGUCCACCGGUCUUGAGCGAUUCGAGCUCCUCGGUAAGCUCGAGGGUGUUGAUGUUUUCGACAUGAACCCCCUCGAGGUUACCAGGCUCGGUACCACUGAGGACCCCAUCCCUAUCUACUCUCUCGCAAUCGGCUGCACUGGUUACCCCGUCGACUCCCACGACACCAUCUGGAUCAACGUCACCCACGAGAAGAAGCACGGUAAAUGCCCCGAGUGUGGUUCCGUCUACACUCUCAACUACCAAGGUUCCGAGGCCAACCUCAACCCCGGUCACCACCACUAA